AUGGCCCUAGACCCCCUCUACCACACCCUCUACAACCUCCCCCCACCAUCCCCCAAACGCACUCAACCAAUGCAAGUCCUAGCCGUAGGAAUCUCCCGCUCCGGAACCGAAUCCCUCCGCGAAGCCCUGCACAUCCUAGGCAUAAAACACACCCACCACGGCUUCGACACCAUCCUUCCACCCUCCUCAUUACAAGCCACCUACCGCCUCCUCCAAAAGAAAUACACCGGUACCCCCUCACCCCUCACAGCCUCGGAUUUCGACACCGUCCUCGGCAACUGCGUCGGCGUAACAGACCUCAUCGCCGCGGAAUUCGCCCCGGAACUUAUCGCCGCAUAUCCAGAGGCCAAAGUCAUCCUCAAUACCCGUCGUGACCUCGACGGCUGGUAUAAAAGUAUGCAGCUGACUAUGGGGUACUUUGAUCGGAAUCCGGUGGAUUGGGAUUGGUGUAAGAGUUGGUUUUGUGCGGAGCUGUUUUGGAUUCGGCAAUGUAUGUGUCGGACCAUGAUGAAGAGGUUCUUUCGGGGAAGCUUUGAAUCGAAUGGGAGGUGGGUUUAUGUGAGUCACGUUGCGCUGAUUCGGGGGUUGGGGCUGGCGGAGGAGAGGCUUUUGGAGUGGAGUGUUGAGGAUGGCUGGGAGCCGCUUUGUAGGUUUCUGGGAAAGGAGGUUCCGGAAGGUGUGGAGUUUCCCAGUGGGAAUCCGCCGAAGGCUUGGGCGGAGAGGAUUGCGAGGACGAUGGAGGUGCAUCAUCGACGGGCGGUUAGGAAUAUGAUCGUGUUUUUUGCCGUGGUGGGGGUUGGUUUGGGGGUUUGGGGGGCUUGGCUGUUUUAUUAGAGGGUUUUGUAUAUCAUGGUGUUUUGAGGCUUCGGUGAUGUAUAUAUCCUGACUUGGAAUAUUUGAGUUGAGGGAUAUAAGGAUAUAGGCCUCCUCGUUAAGCACUCUAGUCGUAGAUUGAAAAUAGGUCUGCUAGAAA